AUGGCGGCGGCGGCGACGGCGACGGCUCAGCGCCGCCGGGACAUGGCUCCUGGGGACGGCAACGUCACCUCCUGGUCACCUCCGUGCCGCCAGGGACGCCCCGGGGUGACAGCCGGGGCCACGCCCGAGGAGCCCCCGGUGUCACCCCCGGCGCCGUCCCCGGUUCUGUCCCCGGUGCCGUCCCCGGUGCUGCGGAGCUGCUGCGUCCCCGUGGUGCCGCCGCUGUCCCCGCUGCAGGCCUGGGUGGGGUCCCUGCGUCACCCCGAGGACGCCCUGAGGGGUCUGGCUGACCUGCACCCCGACGUCUUCGGCGUCAGCCCCCGGCUGGACAUCCUGCACACGGUGGCCACGUGGCAGAGGAACUACAAGAGAAUCAGCCACGCGCGGGUGCGCAGCCGGGCCGAGGUGCGGGGCGGGGGCCGCAAGCCCUGGCGGCAGAAGGGCUCCGGGCGCGCCCGGCACGGCUCGGCACGGUCCCCGCUCUGGAGGGGCG